AUGUCAACCCCUCCCUGCUCACCCUUUACUCGGGCUGUGGUCAGCUCUAUGAGAAAGCUGUACCCCGAGGCAUUGGCCGAUAAGAGCUUCGACAACACCGGAUUACUCCUGGAAGCUCCGUUUGAGCCGUCACGACGCCAGAAGAACUCCGUGCUGCUGACCAUUGAUUUGACAACGGCGGUUGCAGAUGAGGCAAUUCGGCGCCAGGACUCCGCUGUUGUGGCCUACCACCCAAUCAUUUUCCGUGGUCUGAAGUCCCUUACUCUCGAAGACACUCAACAAAGGUCUCUAUUGCGCCUUGCCCAGAAUGGUAUCAGCGUCUACUCCCCGCACACUGCCGUCGACACCGUCCCUGGUGGUAUGGCCGACUGGCUCUGUGACGUAGUGACCGGCACAUUCAAGGCCGACUCCACGCCGCAGUCCCCAAUCAAGGACUGUGCGUCCGCUUUGUACUCAGCACCUACUUACCCCCAGCCUGAGUCUGUCCCGGCUGCGGCAUCAGCAACCCCCUCCCAGCAAAUACCUCACACUCGGUCUACUAUCCACCCCUCACCUCCGGCUUCUAUCCCGGAGGGAUUCGAGUCUGCUGGUGCGGGUCGCCUGGUUACCUUCGAUGAAGCUCAGCCUCUCACCACGCUUAUUGACCACAUUGGCCGCGGUGUCGGCCUCCCGGGCGGAAUUCCCAUUGCCACUCCCCAGGGCCGGUCGAUCAACGAGAUUCGGAUUCGUACCGUUGGUAUGUGCCCUGGGUCCGGCUCUGGAGUUCUUCUUCGCGGAAACGAGAUCCCUGAUCUUCUAUUCACUGGAGAAAUGAGUCACCACGAGGCUCUUGCGGCUACAGAGAAGGGCUCAGUCGUUGUUUCAUUGGCUCACUCCAACUCCGAGCGCGGGUACCUAUGUGCUGUCAUGCGCAACCAGCUUCUUCGUGAAGUUUCUCAGACAUGGCAGAGCGAGAGAAAGGCAGCCCUACAGGCCAUUGAAGAUAGUUCCAAGCAGGGCGGAGCUGCCACUGGCUUCCAAGAGAUAUAUCAAGAUUCUAGCGUUGAAGUUUCUGUUAGCGAGGCUGAUCGUGAUCCGUACGGAAUCAUGCUCUGGCGCGGUUAA